GGGGUGUUUCCGGGAGUAACGGAACUUGACAACUGCAUUUGAGCUAGCAGUUAGCAGUUGAUCGCAUUCUCGAAGCUGAACAGUACCAAGCCAUCAAACACCGAAAGCAUGGCAGAGAACGACGUUGACAACGAGCUGUUGGACUACGAGGAAGAUGAAGAACCGCAGACCGCCCCAGAAGCGGCCACCCCGGCAGGCAAGAAGGAGGUUAAGGGCUCCUAUGUGUCCAUCCACAGCUCCGGCUUCCGAGACUUCCUGCUCAAACCUGAGUUGCUUCGUGCCAUUGUCGACUGUGGUUUUGAACAUCCCUCCGAAGUACAACACGAGUGCAUCCCACAAGCCAUCCUCGGUAUGGACAUUUUGUGUCAGGCCAAGUCUGGCAUGGGAAAGACAGCAGUGUUUGUACUGGCAACUCUCCAACAGAUCGAGCCUGUAGAUGGUCAGGUGUCAGUUCUGGUCAUGUGCCACACGCGCGAGCUGGCCUUCCAGAUCAGCAAGGAGUACGAGCGCUUCUCCAAGUACAUGCCCACCGUCAAGGCGGCCGUGUUCUUCGGGGGCAUGGCCAUCAAGAAGGACGAGGAGGUGCUGAAGAAGAACUGCCCCCACAUCGUGGUGGGCACGCCCGGACGCAUCCUGGCCCUCAGCCGCAACAAGACCCUCAGCCUGAAGAACGUCAAGCACUUUGUCCUGGACGAGUGUGACAAGAUGCUGGAGGCUCUGGACAUGAGACGGGACGUGCAGGACAUCUUCAGACUGACGCCCCACGAGAAGCAGUGCAUGAUGUUCAGCGCCACCCUCAGCAAGGAGAUCCGCCCCGUCUGCCGCAAGUUCAUGCAGGAUCCCAUGGAGGUGUUUGUGGACGAUGAGACCAAGCUGACCCUGCACGGCCUGCAGCAGUACUACUGCAAGCUGAAGGACAGCGAGAAGAACCGCAAGCUGUUCGACCUGCUCGACGUCCUCGAGUUCAACCAGGUGGUGAUCUUCGUGAAGUCUGUGCAGCGCUGCGUGGCUCUGUCCCAGCUCCUGGUGGAGCAGAACUUCCCAGCCAUCGCCAUCCACAGGGGCAUGGCCCAGGAGGAGAGGCUCUCUCGGUACCAGCAGUUCAAGGACUUCCAGCGGCGCAUCCUGGUGGCCACCAACCUGUUUGGCCGAGGGAUGGACAUCGAGCGGGUCAACAUCGUCUUCAACUACGACAUGCCAGAGGACUCCGACACCUACCUGCACAGGGUGGCCCGUGCUGGCAGGUUCGGGACGAAAGGCCUGGCCGUCACCUUCGUGUCAGACGAGACCGACGCCAAGACCCUGAACGACGUGCAGGACCGCUUCGAGGUCAACGUGGCCGAGCUUCCCGAGGAGAUUGACAUCUCCACCUACAUUGAACAGUCCAGAUGAGUCAUCUAUCCCAGUGAAGACAGGUCGUGUGCCCCCCCCUGUCCCAUUGUAUUCUUUGGGGGAGGGAGAAAAAAAGAAGAAAAAAAAAGAUCUUGACAGUUUAUUUUAAAGCCUCCCCCGAAUCUUAUGUCCCAAAAUGAGUUCCCAAUGCAACACUUUUUUUCUUUUUCUUUUUAUAAUUAUUUUUCCCGGGGGUGUCAGUUUUAAAAGUUGCUCUUGUUAUAAUCGUGGUUGUAUUUUUGGUUAAUGAAAUUAAAACUUUUUAUACAAUGUCA